ACCUCAGGGACGCACUGUGGAAGUCACCUGGAAGUUCUUCUUUUUCUUCUUAUUCUUCUUCUUUUAGUAGAAACGGUCCUCCAUCACGCACUCACUCUGGACUUGGUGAAGUUCCAAAUCUGUUGGGGAGGGGGGGCUGACGUCAAUUAGGCGCGCACCUCUCCACUGGAGGCGUGAUAUCUUUGCUCGCAAAAGAUUUUUUCUUAAAUUUUUUAUAAAAGAUCGGUGGGGUUUUUUUCUUCAGCGACAUGGAGUACACUUCCUCCCCGAAGCCGCAGCUCUCCUCCCGGGCCAACGCUUUCUCCAUCGCCGCACUCAUGUCCAGCGGGAAGCCCAGCAAGGAGAAGGAGGCCGAGGAGAGCACCAUCAAGCCCCUCGAACAGUUCGUGGAGAAGUCGUCCUGCAGCCAGCCCCCCCUCGCCGACCUCUCGUCGUCCCUGGAAGUCCACGGAGACUUCGGGGGAAGCGUUCCCGCGGCGUGCACGGAGCCUCUCAUUCCCGCCAACCCCGGCAUCCCCAGCGAGGAGAUGGCCAAGAUCUCCUGCAACCUGGAGACCAAAGAACUGUGGGACAAGUUCCACGAGCUGGGCACAGAGAUGAUCAUCACCAAGUCCGGAAGGCGGAUGUUCCCGACCAUCCGUGUGUCUUUCUCCGGGGUGGAGCAGGACUCCAAGUACAUCGUCCUGAUGGACAUUGUCCCGGUGGACAACAAGAGGUACCGCUAUGCUUAUCACCGCUCAUCGUGGCUGGUGGCCGGCAAGGCUGACCCUCCUCUGCCUGCCAGGUUGUACGUUCAUCCGGACUCUCCUUUCAGCGGAGAACAGCUGAUGAAGCAAAUGGUUUCUUUCGAGAAAGUCAAACUCACCAACAACGAACUGGACCAACACGGACAUAUCAUCCUGAACUCCAUGCACAAGUACCAGCCUCGAGUUCACAUCAUCAAGAAGAAGGAGCACAUGGCAUCGCUGCUCAACUUCAAGUCGGAGGAAUUCCGCACCUUCGUCUUUGUGGAGACCGUCUUCACCGCCGUCACCGCCUACCAGAACCAGCUGAUUACCAAGCUGAAGAUUGACAGCAACCCUUUUGCCAAAGGAUUCCGGGAUUCGUCGCGGCUGACCGACAUGGAGAGGUACAAGGAAUUCUGGGACCUGCAUUGUGUGGAAAGUGUUGAGAAUCUCAUCCACAAGCACUCGUACGCGCGCUCGCCAAUCAGGACCUACGCAGGCGAAGACGACAACCUGGGCGACGACGGACACGCGCCUCAUGCCAGAGGUUCAGCGUUCAGCGCCUCAGACAGUCUGUCUCUGAGUUCGUGGGUCGCCGGAACCACUCCGAGCUUUUCGGGCUUCCAGCACCCGCAGUCGCUGUCGGCCAUGGGGGCGGGCACCGCCUCCCUCCCUCACCCCAUCCAGGGCUCACUGCCACCCUACGGCCGCCUCAGCAUGCCCCUGACGCCCAUGCAGGGCAGCGGUCCGUCCUUCCCUUCCUUCCACAUGCCUCGCUACCAUCACUACUUCCAGCAGGGACCCUAUGCCGCCAUCCAGGGGCUACGCCACUCCUCCACCGUCAUGACACCCUUUGUAUGACUCCGCCCCCUUGCACCGCGUGACUGUGUAAAUAGCUGGCCUGAUGGAAAAGGACCCACGGCAGAUUGAGAAAACAUCUCUCCUCCGAUGCUGACAAGAUGGCCCACCCCAGUUGGAACCUUGAACCUUAAACGCUGGGAUCUUAUCUAACGCGUGGUUGGACUGGCAACGCCUGCCGCCAUGUGUCAAUCAAAUUGUUACUAAUAAAGAUGGCGGCGCUGCGUUUGCUUACUAUACAUGUAGAGAGCUACAGCAACGCUAGCAUGCAUGCUGACGGAAGUAGAAGGACGACCAUCGUUUUCUUUCACUUUAGCUUCAACUUUGAUGCUUCAAAACAACAAAGUCUAGUUCCCGUUCAGGCUAACAGCUUGCUAGGAAGCGGCUAAAGCUAAAGCACCGCUGAACGAGUUGUGUGACGCUAACAUGACUUGAAAAUGGAUGCGCUGUUGAAUAAGAUGACACUCAGAGCGCUUUUGUCCCGUGUUUAAAAAGAAAGUCAUCAAGAUAGCUCACUUGGAUAUAUCAACAUUUAAUCGUCUUUCUUUUUCUGGAAACGUUCACCUCCUCACCUCCUCACCUCUUGGAGACGUCCCGUAGUUAUUUAUAUUGAAUUCUAUAAUGCUGUCACAUGACCUCAUUUUUUAUUGGACUUUUUUCCUCAUUGUGGCAACUCUGAAGUCGUAUUUAUCACGCAAGCUGAAGCCGUGAGCAGCAUUUGGAUUUCAACAAAACAAAAUGAUGACUUUAGGAAGCUCAGCCACACUUUUAUGAGAAGAUAUUUGCAGUUUUUUCCAAAGUGUACAUAAAGACGGUUUGGUUGUUCAGGAAGUCAAACUGAAUAUUUAUGACUUGUAUGAAUGUAAAAUGUACAAAAUGGCGCCGCUCUCUUGUAUUCUGUUUUGUUUCCUUUUUUCCGUUGUAAUCUGAGCACCAAAAAGGGUUGUGUUGAUUUGA